GCUUUAGCAAAUGGAGUUACAAAAGAGUAGUUUGGUCCAAGUUGAGAGAGAUGUCUCUCGGCCUUUAGCCGAUUUCCCCGCCGGUAAUGGUGAAGAUCCCUUCAUCAUUUCUUGCAUUUCUCAUAUGGACCAUAAGGCACGAGAGAUAUACAAAGAGAAGUUGUGCUCAUUGAAGGAGCAUGUGAAGGAAUUGUAUACAGCCACAAAAGCCAAUCCUGUGGAAAACGUGGAGUUCAUCUACACAUUAUGCCGCCUUGGCGUUUGCUACCACUUUGAGAAAGAAAUCGAGGAGCAGUUGGAUAAACUAUUCGAUAGUAAUGAUUUUCACAGUAUAUUAAGGGAUGAUGAAUGCGAUCUUUAUACUACUGGACUUGCUUUCCAACUCUUCAGGCAAUUCGGUUUCAAACUCUCUCCCGAUGUGUUUGAAAAGUUCAAAGAUGGAGAUGGAAAGUUCAAGGAACACCUCGGAGCCGAUACAAAAGCUAUUUUGAGCUUGUAUGAAGCUGCUCAAUGGAGCACCCGUGGCGAAGAUGUUCUAGAUGAUGCCCUUGUUUUCUCGACAUCUCGUUUGGAAGGAUUAUUGGCUUCUCGAUACAUCCGACCUCAUCUCGCUGUACGCAUAAAAAACGUUCUAAAGCACUCUUAUCAUAAGGGUAUCCCGAGACUGGAGUCGAGACAAUACAUCUCUUACUAUGAGGAAGACGAAAUUCAUGAUGAGACAUUACUCACAUUUUCUAAAGUAGAUUUCAAUCUAGUGCAGCUGCUACACCGUGAGGAGCUUGCCCAUAUCUCAAGGUGGUACAAAGAUAUGAAGAUUAAAUCUGGCAUACCAUAUGCAAGGAACAGAAUGGUCGAGGCCUAUAUGUGGGCAGUCGCACUAAAUUUCGUACCGCGGUAUUCACAGGCACGGAUUAUAAAUGCAAUUUCUACAAUCCUAGUGACACUACUCGAUGAUACAUAUGAUGCUUAUGGCACCUUGGAAGAACUUGACCUCUUCACAGAUGCAUUGGACAGGUGGCUUCUUAACGCCCCUGAGGCGCUACCGGACAGCAUGAAGAACACUUACCGUAUUAUAGUUGAUUACUGUGACAGGCUAGAGAAGGAGUUGGAGAAUGAAGGGAUGUCAGGAUGCAGCUUCAAUGUGAAAAACAAAUUUAAAGAACUAGCGAAGAGCUACUAUCGAGAGGCAAAGUGGCUGAACGAAGACUACGUUGCAACGUUUGAUGAGUAUGCGGAGAAUGGAGAAACUACAAGCACUUGCUCCCUGUUGUUAGCCGCAACCUACGUUGGGGUUCCUGAUAUCGACAAACGUGAAGCUUUUCAAUGGCUGAGCUCAAAACCUAAAAUCAUUGGAGCCGCCGUGAAAAUCUGGCGAUUCAUGGACGACAUUGUCGGCCACGAGAUGGAUCAUAAACGGAAACACGUGAAAACAACCAUAGAUUGUUACAUGAAACAGUACGAUGUUUCAAAGGAGAAAGCCAAGGAAGAGAUUGAAAGAAUCAUCUCGGAGUCAUGGAAGGAUAUGAACCAAGAACUGAUGAGGCCAUACUCUGCACCUUACCAUCUUCUACAGCACAUCCUUAACCUAACACGGGCCUGUGAAGUGACUUACAAGUAUCAUGAAGGGUAUACACAACCACAUCACUUAAAGGAUUGUAUCGUCGCUUUAUUCGCCCAACAAAUACCCAUCUGACCAUAUAUUGUUUGAUGACA